AUGGACGAGAGCGGGACCUACGAGAAAAUGCGGUUCACAGGAACGGACACACAAGCUCCUUCGGGAGCUGAACCGGAUGUAUCGUACGUGCAAAUGAAUGUCACGGCCACCUUGGCGCCCCGGGUCCGAAGAGAGGAAGUUGGUCUGAGCUCCACCUACGCAGAGGUGAAAUUUCCGAACGACGAGCACAUCAUCGAUGAGGAUCAGGCUCCUCCCAUUGCCGCAGGACUCCGCAAGCUGCCAACCAAUGCACAACCAGCUGCGCAUGAACAGCAUCCGAAAGGAAAGAUCGGAAAUAGACCGGACAGUCUGAUCUGCCUACUCUGCCUUGUUAUGUCCGCCUUCAUCGUGACUGUGGCCGGUCUCUCGAUCCAUGUGUCACAGAUUCGUCAGUCUAAGGAAACCAGCCACCGAAACUACCAUCAGUUAAACUCAUCCCUUCAAUUCAAGCUUUCAGCGGUCAAAUCUAAUCUGUCCGAUCUCCGUCACCAGAUAUGUGAAUUGUUGACCAGAAGCAGAGACCAACCGUGUUCCGAGGACUGGGUCAGAAAGAAAGACCGGUGUUAUUACGUAUCCACGUUUGGAACAACUUUCCAAGAAGCGAUACAAGACUGUUCAAACCGUCAUUCAAGGCUGCUGGAAAUCAAUUCAAAGGAUGAAGCGCUCUUCGUAUUCGGCGAACUUGUGUACAAAACCCAUUCAUACUGGAAUAGAAAAUGCGAAAACGGGAAUGUGGGCCAGAGUCUCCUGUACAAGGCAUCAGAUGGAUCGAACGUCUGCAGUCAGUGCGGAAGGAUUUACUCUUGCGAUCGAGUUUGGCGUUUCAUCUGCGAGAAGACGACAGCUUUAUUCCCGGAUAUUCCUGAAAAGAUCCGGGGUCUCUGUCAAAAUUCAGCGGAGGCGACAUGA